AUGGCGAAGAACCGACGACGCGACGAGGAACACGCAUACUCUCCUGAUCCGCCUGACCCUCCUGCGCCCGGCCCUCCGGGACCAUUAGGUCCGCCUCCAGGUCCUAUUCCACCGUUCGAAAGCCAGGCACCGGACAGGGAAUGGUAUGUCGAGCAUCCCAGGGAGUCAUUAUGCAGUGGGAGGCAGCCCAUUAUAUAUUUAUUAAAGGCUGUUGUAACUGGCGUCGAGGGAAUGGUGGUAGCUGGGGCACUACUUGGUGUUAGAGGGCAAGAUCACAACCUGCGAAAGCCAAAUCUUGCUACCCACAGCAAUCCAAACUCUCCACUACCGAUAUCCGAGGCCAAGCGUAAUGGCUCAGGAUUCUACGGUCACAAUAGCUUCGACAAGAAGGAGAUGCCGACUCUACAUUGGUCGACUAUGAUGGGUGCGGGACAGCAGAUGAGGAUUAGAAUGGAUAUCGUGGACGAUUCCUCUGGCCCGGAGCCCAAAAGGAGAUGCUACGGUUUUCCUUCUGCUCGUUCAGGAGAUUUAGCACAUAUCCCCCCUGCAAUGAUCUCCCAGCCUUUCUCCUCCGCAACGGAAGGUUUUCACAGGAGCCAUAGCCACGCGGACGGAAACGAUAGAUUGUCUUCUCAUACCACGUCAAAGCCAGGACCCUCGCCGAUUGGUAUCGGAAAUUCUGUCGAGCUUUCUUCUGGGAUCUAUCCUGAGAUUGAGAAACAAUAUACUCUAGGAGACCAUCUCCUACAAUAA